CAUGUUUAGCGCGUAAAACAAUAAAAACUACAUAUUAUUUAUAACUUUAAUUACAUAUUUUGGACACAAAGAGAGAUAAUGAGUGACCAAAUGGUUGAAAUUGUCGAUAAUUUAAUAACCAAAGUGUGUGAUAAUGUCAACACUGUUGUCGGCUAUGUCUUCAGCAAACAAUUGUAUUAUCACUGCAAUCGGUUACCUAAAGUUAAGGGAAGAGCAUUUCUCGUACACGAACUCAUCAAAGCUUAUGGUUUGACCACAAAAUGUCUUAUCAUUGAAUCGGUUGCUGCAAAUGAUUUACAAAUGAGAUGUUUUCAUAGCGAAGAUUAUCUCAAUUUUGUCAAACAUGUUAGCGAUAAGAUGUUAAGCGAUGAAGAUUUUAGUGAAGAGUUUAUUAGUGAAGACUUUGGCAUUGGUUACGAUUGUCCACCGAUACCACAACUUUAUCAGCUGAUGACACAUAUCGCUGGUUCUUCAAUUAGUGCCGCCGAUGCUAUUAUCCAAAAGAGAUGUGAUAUUGUGAUCAAUUGGUUCGGUGGUUGGCAUCACUCACACAGAGAUGAGGCGUCGGGUUAUUGUUAUACCAAUGAUAUAGUGUUUUGUAUUUUGCAUUUAUUGGACAAUGGAUUUGACAAAAUAUUAUACGUGGAUUUGGAUCUCCAUCACGGAGAUGGUGUCCAAAACUCAUUUAUUCACACGAAUAAAGUAUUGUCCGUUUCAUUUCAUAAAUACGAGAUCGGCUUCUUUCCCGGAACCGGUGAUACCAAUGAUGUUGGCUUUGGAUCAAAAGGCAAAUAUUAUUCAAUUAAUGUUCCCCUAAAAGAUGGUAUAACUGAUGAAUGCUAUGUCAAUAUAUUUAAAAAAGUUUUAAACAAAAUACAAACGGCUUAUAAAAGUCAAGUAAUUGUUUGUCAAAUGGGAGCCGACGGUCUCGCUGGUGAUCCCAUGAAUGCAUUUAACCUUACAAUUGAUGGUUACUCUGAAUGUCUUAAAUAUUUAAUAACAAUUAAUAAACCCCUAAUACUUUUAGGUGGCGGUGGUUAUCAUUUGCUAAAUACGGCUCGACUCUGGACAUCAUUGACUGCAUGUGCUCUCAAUGAACAGUUAGAUAAUGAUAUACCAGACCAUUCAUGCUUUUUAGCGUAUCGACCAACUUAUGAGCUUAACAUUGAGCCGAGUCUUAGACAUAACUUAACCUCAAAUGAAUACAUCGAUAAUAUUUUAGAAAACGUUUAUAAAAACAUUAGUUUUAAAAAACGUACAAUUAAUUAA